AUGAAUCAGGAGAGCAUGUUCUGCUUGACCUUCAUCCCUGAGGUCAGCUGCCAGAUUCUGGAGCAAUCUGAGCAUGCUUAUCAUGCUCGCGGAAGAGAUAGAGGACAAACUGGGAUGGAGAAACUGGAGCGGGAGCUCACGUAUGAUAACUUUGUUGCAUGGACCAGGCCCACGUGGGACAUGUGCACUUGCCCAGAUUGAAGAUGGAGAAGACCUGCGACCUGAAAGCCGUUCUGGUCAGCAUGGGCAUGAUGGACUCCUUUGAAGGGUUCAGGAGCAAUUUCUCAGGUAUGUCACCCAACAACAACCUGGAGUUGUCUUAGGUGGUGCACAAGGCCUUUGUAGAGGUGAAUGAGGAAGGCACCGAGGCUGCGGCUGCCACUGCCAUAAGGCUGUCUCCCCGAUCAGUCAUUUUUUUAUUUUAAUGUUGAAAGCAUAAUAUACGUACCUUCAAAGCCGCCAUCCCUUUCUGUUCUUCAUCCGCCACAACAGUACCCAGAACAUCCCCUUCUGUGGCAGGUACUGCUCCCCUUAA